AUGGGCGUCACGACGUACACUGCCUAUGCUCUCGGACAAUGCUGGAAUAUUCUUCGUAAUACUUGGCCAAUCUACAAGGUGCAUUGCCGGAAACCGUACGCGUCUAUCGGCUAUCGUGCCAUGGGCGCUAAUGUCAGGAAGUUUGUCUCCGUCAUCAUCGAUGUCACACAAUUCGGAGUAUCAGUGGUGUUUGUGCUCUUGUCGUCGAAAACCAUUCACGACAUGGUC